AUGUCCAUCAGAGCUCUCAACCAGAACUUCCCCUCCUCGGACUUUGCCGCCAACAUGGACGAGGAGGCCCCAUCUCACCCUUUCUUCCCUCCUCGUGGUGAGGGCCCCCAUCCUAAUCCCAACCGGUGGUCUUUGAACUCAGGCAACGGUCAAGUCGGCCGCCCAGGGUAUCCUUACCCAUCUCCAUGGGCUCAGGUCGGCGACGAAGACCAGGCAAAGGAAGCCAACAACGAAGCCGGAGAUGGCUCCGCUUUUAGCAAGUCAUAUCCAUACCGAGGCCCUGCAGAAGGUCAUCCAUCGCACACCUAUCCUGGCCCUCUUCCAUGGCACAAGCCCCACGCCUACUCUGGCCCCGCAGAGGGUAGAAAGCCAUACCCUUCCCCCUGGGAUGACGACAAGACCAAGCUUUGCCCGCGCAAGCCCUACCCUUACCCUGGACCAGCCGAUGGCCACAAGAUACACACCUAUUUGGGUGCAGCUCCGCUGAGACAGCCCUAUCCAUCUCUUUGGGAAGAGGACGACAAGGACAAGACCUCCUUCCACCAACAGCCACACCCGUUCCCAAGUGGUCCACAUGGCGGACAUGGGAAUAGAGGAUGGGGCGGGCACGGAUUCUUCGGCCAGCCACAUUUCGGUGGCCAUUCAUUUGGAGGCUUCGGACGAAGGGGGUUUGAAGAGCCGCAUGCCUCCCAUGGCCCCUGGGUAACCAGUCAACAAGUACCCUACAAAUCUCCGACCACAGGAUCAGACAAAUAUAAGCCUGAGGUUGACGUGUUCAACACCCCUGAGGCAUUCGUGAUUCAUGUGCCGCUUCCCGGCGCCAAGAAGGAAGAUAUUGAACUCAACUGGGAUCCGAAGGCGGUCGCAAUCAGCAUCACGGGGGUGAUCCGUCGACCUGGUUCUGAGGACCUGGUCAAGAAAAUUGCGCUGGAUGAGCGGAAGGUUGGGGCGUUUGAGCGGAAGGUGCGGUUAGGGAGUCCGAUGAAUCCGCCCAAGGUAGAUGGUGAUUCAAUUUCAGCCAAGUUAGAGGAUGGGGUGCUUGUUAUUGAAGUGCCGAAGACGGAGCCAGAUGAUGUUGAAGUUAAGAAGGUCGAAGUUGAGUAA